GAUACAUCCUCUGCGCCAGUCGCGGGCCGAGUACCGAUUUUGCCGCACAUGCGCGCGUAUCGAAUGCAUCGCACCUUUUAAAAACAUCGCGAAACACGAAUCAAACGCAUUGUUUUCGUUUAUAAAACACGACGAUGAAAAACGAAGCGCUAGUGGCAUUUUGAAUGCGUCGGGCUACUCGUGCGAUCGAACCUGUGCUGGACGCUGCGGCUCCCGUGUCUCCUCAGGAUGAAGCUCCCCAAAUUUGAUUUAUCAAUGCAGAAGAAGGCGUGCAAGCCCGCCACCCUCGGGCGCAUCUGGCAGGCGAGCCGGCGCGCGCUCAACCUGGACCACGCGCCCGCGCACCAGUUCGCGUGCUGCCAGUGGCAGAACGGACUCACGCCUUCCACGACAUACCUCUUGUACAGAUGGCUGCUGUUCAUAACAGUGGUAUCAACGGGCAUAGCCAGCUUCGUGUGCCAGCGACUUCCGCCGCGGUACGAGGGCCCGAAAGUGGAGCUCAACUACUUCAAAUGGUUCAUCUAUUUCACCAACUGGGGGUUCCUGCUCAUCGCUCUUCAGGCCGGACUCGCGUUGGCGGUCGUUCACCGAUAUAGAUCGCAGAAAUCUUUCAAUAAUCCAUGCGAAGACGACGACGCCCUUAUGCCGCGGCGCCCGCGCACACCACUGCUCUGCCGCGCAUACUGGCUGGCGCAGAACGUCGCUACGGACCUCGCCUUCGUCAUCACCCUCAUAUACUGGACCUUGGUUCAUGACCCCAGUGAGUACUUGACUAGCAUGAGAGGAUGA